AUGUCAAAGGAUUUUUAUAGGGAAGUUGAUCCAGCUUCUGACAAGUUGAUUGUUGAUAGAGAGAAUGAUUCUUUACAACAACAACCUGAAAAGUUAACGACGUUUAUUCGUGAUCAAAGAUUAAAAAUAGCUGAUGGUGUAGAGGACACUAAACAAAAUGUUGAUAAAAUUAAGAACAAAUAUAACGAAGCUGAAAAUAAGGUAAAUUCUAAAAUAUCAAAUGUUUAUGCUGAUGAUCGUAAUAAAUUGGGAUUGGGAGUUGCCUCAAUGGUUGUUGCAACGAUGACUGGUUCCAUAAUGUCCAGAAGAGCUGGAAGGAGUAUGAAAUUGAUUACACCUCUUUUAUUAGGUAUUUUCACAGGCAUGUAUGUAUUCCCUCGUACUGCACAUAACGUAUGUGAUAGAGUCUAUGACUAUGAAUUGAAACAUUUCCCGGUAUUGGCAAAUAAACAAAGGGAGAUUAAAGGUGAGUUGAAUGAAGGCUUGCAAGAUUGUCGUGAUUUCUCAAGAAAAUUUAGAAAAAUGAUCAAUGAAUGGUUUUAA